AGGACGAGUGUAUGUAUGGGAUUAGCUUUAAAAAGAUGAUUAGUGAUAAAGUUGUGACCUAUGCCUAGGUUUCACUGUCGAAGCCUAAUAUUCCUGUCCAAUAAGGUCAGGAAAUAUCAGAAUGUUAAGGCAGGGAGCCAGGCAGGCAGGCAGGCCCACGAGUGAUGGUUAAGGCGGGAUGGAUAUAAGAGAUUGGGAUUCAGAUUUUGCUGUAUUGGGAAGGUGCGUUUUGUGUUUGGGUUUUCGAGGAUGGUAAAUAUUAAGCUGGGUCUCAGUCUGCAUUAUUCAUCAUUCACAGCUUGUGGGUGUGGGUGUGGGAUCACCAUGAUCACCAUGAUCACUUUCUGAGUUUUUAAUGCAAUUACAAGGCAUCCAAGUACAGGGUGGGUGUUAUAGGGGGAGUAGUACUAGAGUAGAGUAGGGGUAUAGGGAGAUUUGUCAAGGGGUAGAGAGACAGCUUCUUGUUGUACCUUGUUGAUAAGUAGGAUUUCACACCAUCCUUUCCUUCAUCCUCCAGUUCCACACGGUUGCAUUCUUUGUUAUGGUCAGCGGGGGCAGUGAUAGCCGUGUGGGAAGUAUGUGCACAAGUGGAGCAGCCUGGUCAGAAAAGAUCUGCAGAGAGAUUUUUUAGGGUUGGGUUUUCUUGGCUUUCUUUGUUCUUGGGCUUUUGGGUGUUUCUGGUUUGCAUUUUGAGUUUUGUUGGGAUUAGGGAAUUGUGGUUCUGAUGAGCCUGAAGGAAUUGUAUGAGCCCAUGUGCCCUUUACCUCAGUGGUUGCAAAGGAGCAGCAGUGGAGCGGCGGGUGUUGAACCUGUGACGUUUGAGUUCUUGGGCUCAGAUGUGGGAGGAAGAUGUGUUUCUGGUGAAAGCCAGUGUAGAAGUGAGAUUGCCUUCCAGCAGGUGCUCAGCCCUAGUUCAGAACAACAACAACAACAAUGGGUUCUGCACGGUAGGGCGGAGAACGAUGAGGAGUAUUGCACCAAUAGGAAGGAGACUCAGAGCGAGGAUAUGGAGGAUUCAGGUGGGAAAGGAGUUCCUGAGUCUUGUGGGCAGUCCAAGUUAUGCGCCAGAGGGCAUUGGAGGCCUGCUGAGGAUGCUAAGCUUAAGGAACUUGUAGCCCAAUAUGGCCCUCAGAACUGGAAUCUCAUUGCUGAGAAGCUUCAUGGCAGAUCUGGCAAGAGCUGCAGACUGCGAUGGUUCAACCAGCUUGAUCCAAGGAUCAACCGCAGGCCUUUUGGUGAAGAGGAAGAAGACCGUCUUCUGGCUGCCCAUCGACUGUACGGCAAAAAAUGGGCAAUGAUAGCUCGGCUUUUUCCUGGUCGAACUGAUAAUGCUGUGAAGAAUCAUUGGCAUGUCAUCAUGGCCAGAAAAUACAGAGAGCACUCAGCCUGCAGAAGGAGAAAGCCACAGCAGCAGAGUAAAGAAAACAACUCCCCUUAUAUUGAGGUCAAUUCCCAUUCCCCAUACACGGACAAUAUUGUAAAACGGACUGGUUCUAUUCUGAAUCUUGUUCAAAAGGAUAUCAGUGUCCCUGGGUUCAACACUUAUUAUCCCACCUAUGAUGCAGUACAGGCUCUAGAUUUUUUGGCUGGCGGCAAGGAGGCCAUGGCACCAUAUGAAAGAAGAAGUGCAUUGGGCUAUGAGGCAGAUAAAUUUCGAGUCUUGGGUAGCCCAACUCUGCAAACUGCAAAUAUGGGCAAUUCCUUACUUUGCUUUUCACCCCAAGUUGAUGGUAAUGGAACAAAACCCAAGCUUGUGGUUGAAAGAAAUUAUAUGGAUUCCACAAAGGAAUCUUCUCUUUCAUCUUCUUCUGGACUGGUAUCAUCAGUACGUGAUAACAGCUACUCCAAUUCAGAUUCCCACGAGUACAGCGAAUCCUGGACUUUCAACAAUGGUUUUGAGAAGGAUGUGGCUGUAAAUGGGCAUUUCAUAGAUUUUCUAGGAGUAGGUGCCACAUAGAGAAUACACUCAAGGACUCAACUGCAGUUGGGUUGGGUUCAGUCCUCUAGAAGCAGCCAUGUUUUCUUAUUUUAUGUACAGAAAAAAAGAGAAACCAUACACCAUUUACACGCAAUUUUGUCAGGAGACUUAUGCUGUGUCUGUGAAUAGAGACGCAAGUUGCAACAGCAAAACCAAGUUGAAUGAACUUCUCUAAUGGAUAUGCUCAUGCUCCUGCUCCUGGUAUGUAUUAUGGAGUAGAAAUGAAAUCUGUGCAUAGUACAAGUUAGAAAAAAAAAAAAAAAUCAAAAUUUCUCAGCAAUACUGUUUCAGGAAAAUGGGCAUGGGUUGUUGCUUCUGUAUUGCUUUCUAUGGCUAAAUUUGAAAUGCCUUCCUAGCUCUUACAUUGUCUUCUCUAUCCAUUAAAGAAGAAAUAUUUCUUUUGUUCUCUAUCCAUUAAAGAAGAAAUAUUUCUUUUGAACUGUGUUAUCAUAAAUGGGCUUUAAUCUUACGACACACGAUCCCGUUAAAGAUGUCUCUUUUAUCACUUUUCCCAAGCUUCGUGUGCAUUCAUGGCUUCCAGGUGGGUUGAAUGAGUGAAGCCUAUGAAUGUGGCCAACUAUUGUCUGUUACACACUAAAUCGUCUCUUGUAGCUUAUUCUAAAAUAGCCCAACUACGUGGCAGUUGCUGAGCGCUUUUUUUCUGCUUUCUGUCUAUCACCGACUAUAGGUACUGCUGGAUUCCUCUCAAGAAAUAAAUGUCUGUUUAGCCUACAAACCACCGGAAGAUCUUUUGCUCGCAUCAAAUGAGAAGUUUUCCUUUACCUGGGUUUGCGAAGUAUUCAAAACUUAUGCCAAUAAUGGCAAUUCAAUAAACUUAUUCAUGAGAGUUUGAUCAAA